GCAACAACAGCGGCAGCGGCAGCUGUAGCAAAGUAUUUAUCAUCGCAGCAGCCGAGGAGAGCGAAGUGAACCGGAGGAAGGCGAGAGAAAGGAUUUACGGAUCCCGACCGAGCAUGGCUACCCAAACGACAGCGUCAUGCACUGGAUCCACUCUGUUGCAGCCAAUCAGCGAAAUUAUCAAUCUUCCUCUCGACCAGGUUAACUUUGUGGCAUGUCAGCUGUUUGCCCUGCUGACGGCUGUGUGGUUCCGGAUCUACCUCCACCCCAGUAAGACCAGUCCCUUCAUCAGACAUGUGGUGGCCACUCUGCUGGGCUUCUACCUGGCUCUCUUCUGCUUUGGCUGGUAUUCCCUCCAUUUCCUGGUGCAGAGUGGUCUGUCCUACAGUGUGAUGGUCUUCGCUGGCCUGGAGCACAUGCACAAGUACUGCUUCAUUGUGACGCUUGGCUAUCUGAUCUUGUGUCAGAUCACACGUGUCUACGUGUUUGACUACGGCAUGUACUCUGCAGAUUUUACAGGGCCCAUGAUGGUUAUAACACAGAAGAUUACCAGCAUGGCAUUUGAGAUACAUGAUGGUUUGACCAAGCGUGAGGGGCAGCUGACUCCCAGUCAGAAAUACCUAGCUAUCAGUCGGAUGCCCAGCUUACUGGAGUACCUUAGCUACAACUGUAACUUCAUGGGCAUCCUGGCAGGGCCCACCUCCUCCUACAACGACUACAUGGCCUUCAUAGAAGGCACGUGCUACGAGCCGCGCCACCAGGAGAAUGCUAACGGCAAGGAGAAUGGGAAGUACAAACAAAGUGAACCCUCACCCAAGAAUGACGUCAUCUCCAAGCUGUGCACAUGUGCCAUCUCGCUGGCCAUCUACCUGUCUCUGUGCAAGCUGCUGCCAGUGGAGCACUCCAUAGACGAUGACUUUGUCAACUCCACACCAUUUCAUCUUCAGGUCAUUUACCUUUACCUGGCCAUGCUGGCACUGAGGCCAAAGUACUACUUUGUCUGGACACUUGCUGAUGCUAUCAACAACGCUGCCGGAUUUGGCUUCAAUGGAUACAACAAAGAUGGCUCCCCACGGUGGGACCUGAUAUCAAAUCUCAGAAUUCUGGACAUUGAGUUCGCCACCAGUUUCAAGAUGUUCCUAGACAACUGGAAUAUCCAGACAGCUCUUUGGCUCAAAAGGGUGUGCUAUGAACGUUGUCCCAUCAACCCCACCGCUGCCACCUUCCUGCUGUCGGCCAUGUGGCAUGGGGUGUACCCCGGCUACUAUCUAACCUUCCUCACUGGCAUAGCCAUGACCAUGGCUGCACGUGCAGUAAGGCACAACAUCAGACCAUAUUUCCUGGUCUCUGACUCGUACAAGUGCGUUUAUGAUGUCAUCACGUGGGCAUGGACUCAGGUUGCCAUCAGCUACACAGUGGUACCAUUCGUCCUACUUGCUGUGGGACCGUCGCUGAAAUUCUACAGGUCCUGGUACUUCUGCUUACACCUUCUGUGUCUGCUGGUGGUACUGGCCCUCCCUGUCAAAUCGAGACGCCGGCAGGUUAAAGAGCAGCAGGAUGGAGUACAGAAGGACAGCCUACAGGACAACCAGACAGAGCACAACAGCACAGACAACAACUGCAACCAGAAAGACAAAGCCACAUGAGGCUCAGUCCCUUCAGCAGAAAGAAACACUGAGACGAACUAGAAUCCACUGAGAGCUGGGUGUGUGGAGAGUCUGUUUACUUGACAAAGAACCAAAUAUUGGAUGCUCUGAGAAUCCUAACAGACAGAAAACACAACGUCAAUGUCCUGUCAAAACUUCCAGUAGCAAGGAUGACAGCAAUCACACUUUUGAACAUGGAAAAGAAACCUGGAUGUAACAAUGGCCACGGUGUAAGCUAAUGAAUGAUAGUGGUUACUUUACAUUACAUGAGUGGAAAUGAAGACUUCCAAGCUGCCUUAAACCCUCUAUGUACUCAGUUAUGAUGGCAUGCUGCAAGAACCUAAAUGCAGUUACACCAUUGUGCUGUUGGGUUAUACAAACUGAAGUGCAGUAUGUGGAGGGUUUUUGUCAUUGUCUGGAUACAAGCCUCUGUUAGGUGGAAAUGGAAAAUGUGUUCAUGUAAAAGAAACAUAACCUUUAUCAUCAGCUGCCAAUUUCAAACAGGCCUUAGGAUCCUCAAAACAUUGUUUGAUUUCUAUGUCUUUUUUAAAAUCUUUAUUCGAGGAGAAUUCACAUUGUACGUGUUUUGUAUUUAGAUGUUUGUGACAACACUAUUUGAAAUCCAUUCUUAAUUCUUUUUUUUUUUCUGGGAUGAAUUGACUGCAGAAUUCAAAUUUUAUCCAUCUUCAGCAGUGGAAGGUGUAAAAGAAACAAAUGGAUUUCUUCGUCUUCUUCUUUCUUUUUUAUAUUUUUAAUAUCUGCAGCUUUUUUGACAAACAUGAUUCAUCAGAUAAAUGUGUUUCAGAGGGAGUUUAUUUACCCUGUUGUGUUUUAGAAUUUUUUUUUUUUCAAGGAUUUUUGACUUGGGGUUCAGGGGUGUGAUUUCAUUUUAUUUUUUAAACAUAUGUUCAUAUUUUUCACACGACAGGUUUCCUCUGUGUUCAGAUGUCGUGCCUCUGUAACACUGUAACUCUCUGAAAUUAUUUAAUCAAAAUACAUCCUAAAUAAUAAAAUGGUAUCAUUGGUGAAAAACAGUGGAUUAACAUCACUGCUAAACACUUGUACAGUUUAAUUCUUAAAUCUGACAGAUGCAACAGAAAUCUAAUGAGAUUAUCACAUUCACUGAAGACUUGUUUAAAUGUCCUAAGGUUUUGUAGCCAUAAUUAUUACAAACCAAUUGAAUGUAAAAGAAAAGUUUCCAAAUUGAUGCACAGUUCCUGAUAGCACAUACUCUAUUCAGGCUAUAAAUUAUGUAUGUGUGCAAUUUGCAUUUGUCUGUGAGGAAAUCUGAUAUGAUUAUUUAUGUAUGUGACCUAAUAAUAUUGUAGAAAAUUCAAAGACAUAGACCAGCUGUUGUGGUAAAUGGUCUUAUUUCAUAUUGUGUGCUCUUAUGUUAGAUUAGGGGGUGUUUCAGGGUGCAUUUACUGUAUGGUGUACGAGACACUGGUUCCUCAUGUUGUUUUGGUCCAUGGCUCACCUUAAGCCUUUCAGAUCAUCCAGGUUACUCUUUACAACACGCAGCAGUUCAAACAGUCACUCCUGUGAUACUUUACAGUGUCAUAAGACAUGUUUAGGGAUUUAGUGAGGAAAAUGCGGUGCAGAGAAGGCAACCUAAAAAGCACCCAACUGUUGUUCAAAUGACUCAUUUUUACGUAUCCGUAAGAGGAGGAAGUCUGGGGAUUUCAAGCCCACAAUAUCAUUAACAGUUUGAAGUUGUCUUCUAAAAAAUUGUCAGUAAACUGAGUUGGUUUGGUGCAUUUGUUUUUUUUUUUUUGUACAAUAAUAACAAAGCAGCACAGGUGAGCUUUGAAGUAUGGACCUCUUUCAUUUCUUUUGGGGACUUUCUAACAUUGCAUAUUCCUGCCAUAACUGUGUGUGUUCCAGUAUUCAUGUUCCAGUACAUGUCGAUGUGGUCUCAAGUAAACUAUAUUUGUAGCCUGGGCCCGUUGUAGGCGAGUGUGGCCCACCUAAGGGAAAGGGAUGUCAUUCCACAAACAUAGCGAUUAUUGCACUGCAUGGCCACCCAAACCAGCAGAUCAAUGCAAACUGCUCCAUAUGUCCAAAGUGCCAAAUCAUGAAUGGCGCAUUUUGUUUUGUGUGUUCGUAUGCAUGCGUGCCUGCGUGUGCGUUCGUGUGUGUGAGUGUGUGAGCAUGUGUGUGUGCGUGCCUGUGUGUAACAUAAUUGUUAUUUUUGUGUCAGAAGGAAAUUUAUUGAAAGAUUUGUAUAACAGUACAUUAAAAUUCUGAUUUAUGUGGCAAAAUAAAGAGAAAUUAUUUUUAAACA